GCGCGAGCGCGAAGGAGGAGCCAUGGACGCCCUCAAGCACAAGGUUCACACCGCCUACAAGGGCGUGGCGGAGUCGCUGAUGACCACGCGCACCACGAGCGCGUUCCUCGAGAAGGGCGUGGUCACCCCGGAGGAGUUCGUCGUCGCCGGGGACUACCUCGUCGAGCAGUGCCCCACCUGGUCGUGGCAGGGGGGCGACGCGAAGAGCGCCAAAUCGUACCUCCCGGAGGACAAGCAGUUCCUCGUGACGCGCAACGUGCCGUGCCUGAAGCGCGCGCGCGCCAUGGAGGAGUACGCGGGGAAGGAGGAGCAUCUCUCCGGUGAGGACGAGGGGUGGGUCGCCGCGGGAGGCGACGGCAACGGCGGGUCCAAGGACGACGACGCGCCGGACAUGGACGAGAUACCCGACAUCUCCGCGCUGAGAGUCGACUCGCGCGCCAAAGAGGACCAAAACGACGACGACGACGACGCGGACAUCCCCGACAUGGACGACUUCGACAUGUGCGGCGACGAGGAGGACGACGCGUCCGCGUUGCCCUCCUCGCGAGCCGUUACGACCGUUACGACCGCCGACGACGCCGGCCACAUCCUCAAGACUCGAACGUACGAUCUGUCCAUCACGUACGACAAGUACUAUCAGACCCCGAGGGUCUGGCUCAACGGCUACGACGAGCGACGACGGGCGCUGGACCCUACGAAGGCGCUCGAGGACAUCUCCGCGGAGCACGCGAAGAAGACGGUGACGAUCGACCCGCACCCGCACACGUCCGUGCCGUCCGCGUCCAUUCACCCUUGCAAGCACGCGCCGGUGAUGAAGAAGCUCAUCGAGUCGAUGGGCGGCGACGCGGCGCCGAGCGUGGAGCACUACCUGUUCGUGUUCCUCAAGUUCAUCGCGAGCGUGGUGCCCACGAUCGAGUACGACUACACCGCGUCCGCGUCGCUGAGGUGAGGCGACGAGUCGAUCGGGUGUCCGAUGGAUCUUGUAACAACAGUUUAAAACCG